AUGCCGCCGGUGACGGUUGAAACCGAGGAAGAUGUCCAGCUGAUGAGAGACAACGAAGCAUCAGGAGAUGCAAGGCUAGACAGCAUUGCGAAGAAGGCAAGAACUCUAGACAAGGGUUUAGACAACUUUUCCAAGUUCUCGGAUAACCAUGAAGUGUUAUCCGCCAAAAUAUCGUCCUUCUCUGCCCAGAGCCCACCUGAAUGUCAAGGAGAUGUCAACGAAGCGAUGUCGUCCGCCAUGAGCAUUGUGAACGGCAUCGUCGAUUCUGUAGACAUAGAGAUGGUCCUUGGCGGGAUCGAGCUCCUCGGAGACAUCGCGGCAGCAUGCCCGAUGCUUGGACCAAUCGGAGUGAUGGUGAAGAGCAUAGUGAGGGUUUGUAACCAGGCAAGAUACAACCACCAGCAGGCGAUGUUCCUGCAGAAGCGCGUGCAGGAAAUCGAGGGGAUCCUGAACAAGCUGAAGCAGAACCUGGUGCGGAAGGGGGCAGCGGAGAGCACGAAGAUCCUCACUCCUCUCUUCGAAGUCCUCAAGGAAGCUGCUGAGUUCAUCGCGGGCAUGACCAAGGGAGGCUUCAUGAAGAAGAUGUUCAAGGCAGCAUCGGAGAAGAAAGGACUGGUCGAGGUCGACGAGAAGAUCACUAAGUCACUGCAGACCCUCCAGCUUGCGGUCUCCAACGAACAGCUGGAGUUGUCCCUGCAAAUGGACGACAAGCUCGACAAGAUGAUGAAGUUGAUCCAACAGAACAUCCCGGCGGGAAGCAAGGAGCCUGCAGAUCUCGACCCAGCGGUCCUGGCGCAGCUGGCCGAGCAAUCAGGAUGCAAAGCAGCUGAAGAGAUGAAGUCCGAGUUGUCGAACAUGAGUGACAAGAUGAUGGGGAAGAUGGAUGAAAUCGCGAAAGCUGUCAACGCUGUCCAAGAAAAGUUGAACCAAAUGGAUCAAAAGCUGGAUUCCCAUCACGAAGAAGACAUGGAAGCUCAUCGCAGAACCCAGGAGCUCGUGGCAAAGAGUGCUUCGGAGUCCAAGAAAGCUGCAGCGCAGACUCUGCAAGCUGUAAUGGCAAUCGCUGCCAAGGCUGGAGCUAUGAAACCAGUCUUCAGCACAACCCGAGAAGGACAGCUCCUGACAGUUGAAGCUAUGCAAUAUGUGCACAACACCCCCAACGAACUCAUCGUCACGGUGCAUCAAGACGGCAUCGGGAUGGAUUUGAUCCAGCUGACGGAGGAGUUUCACAAGCUAGACGUGAACAACGAUGGAGUGCUAAGCUACGAAGAGCUGAGAAAUGGGCUCAUGAGGACAACGAAGAUGACAGAAAGUGAGAUCCAAGACUUGUUCCGAGCCUUCGACGUCGACCGCACGCACCUCAUCUCGCUGGAGGAGUUCGUCAGCCUCAAGAGACCCAACGUUGACGGAUAUCCUGGAGAGGACGGAGAGGACGGAGAGAGUUACGAUACCAAAGCUGCCUCUGGCGCUCAGACAAAACCCGGCGAGCCAGGCAUGGACGGCACCGACGGGCAGGAUGGCUUCGAUGGGGGAAACGCCAAGGAUCUGCUUGACUUCGAGGUAAUGGUUGAAUUCGUUCGAGACAACCGCGAGCAGGGAACGCGAACUCUGCAUAUUGAGCACGCGGGACCGAAAGGGAAAGUUUCCAAGGAAGUGGAUAUCCCUUUUCCCGAUGGCAUCCUCUACAUCAAUGCGAGAGGUGGAGCGGGAGGGAAGGGAGGGAAGGGAGGAAGGGGUGGGACGGGGCAGGAUGGCGGUGAUGGUGGCCCAGGACACGACAGGUUCGAUGGAGGAGAUGGCGGUGACGGAGGAGAUGGAGGUCGACCAGGUCGAGGAGGAGCUGGUGGGAACGGCGGCAACUCUUGCUCUGUCAAGAUCAACACCAACGACCCCGCCCUGCUGAUGAUGAUCAAGGUGGACGUGUCCGAAGGCGCAGCUGGGCCGGAGGGAGACAACGGAGUCCCUGGGGCAGGAGGGGAGGGAGGGGAGGGAGGCGCGGGGUCACAAUACACUGAGACCUACUCAGAGGGGAUUCUCGGUGGGGGAAAGAGCUUCUCAGUCACAAGGUACUCCAACAAAGGAAAGGACGGCAGGAGGGGAAAGCCUGGCAAGCCGAUCCGCGACAAGCCGGGCAAGUUCGACGGAUCCCUUGGGCGACCAGGACACUGCUCCUUCUGCAUCUUCAACGAGCUCGGGUUGAGUGAGACCGCAGGCUCCAUCUACCGCCUGUCGUUCGCUCAGAAGCAAAUCCGCAAACUUUCCCCCGUCCCCUACACGUACAAGAACCUCUCUCCUCAGGACAACUUCAUCGUCUACGGCGAGAGAGUCCGCUUCGGCCCCUGCUCUCCUCAGAACGUGGGAGGCCUUUCGAGCCCCCCCUGCGUGCUCGAGGGGCACCUCUUCCUCAACGACGUCCUCGUCGGCGGAGGAGGGACCAACUUCCCUGGCGUUCCUCCCUCCCACGGCACCAAGUACGGCACCAUCGAUGCCAGCUUCGAGGUAGAGGUGUCCGCCCCGCAACUCCGCAAGUCCAUCUUCCACCUCCAUGCUCCCAAGGGCUACCCCUGGCCUUGGAAGUGGAGCAAGAGGGCAGCGCAGCAGGGCAUCCUCAAGCUCUUGUGGUCCAUCGAUGCCAUUCCCUUCCAGCGACUCGCCGAGGACAGCGAAAACAGCAUUGACGUGGACCUGCAGUACCCCGUCACUUUUGACGUCCCUCUUCAGAUCCGAAACAACAGCGGCAAGGCGUUCUCAGGCCCCGUCAGCAUCGCCGACGAAGGCUCCGUCAAGCUGACGUUCCAGGUGGAGAGCAAGUUGUCAAACGCGACGGUACAGGACGGGAUCUACACCCUCAUCAUCCGAGCAGCAGCCAAGGGGUUCGAGCCGACUUUGCGCUUUGACGGGCUCAAGGAGAUCUCCAAGGAGACUAGCCCCGAUGGGGAGAACACUCUGAUCGCCUACAAGUACAACGUUCCUCGCCUCGAGAGACGCCAGGUCCUCAACCUCGACCUUCAGGCGAUCCUCCCCAGCUCCGCGGCUGCUGGACAGUGGUUCUGCCUCCGCCCCGAGCUCUGGCUCAAGGACGUCCCGUUCGAGUACGGAGUCCCCCACCAGAUCCGCAUCAGCCCUCCUCUCCCUCCUGCCACCGGAACCCCGAAGGACGUAAUCAUCUUCGCCGGAGUCGACAUGAUCGCAGAGGACUUCGUCACACUGGUAGAGGUGUGCGAGGUCAUGAACAGGAGGCCCUUCUUCGUCGACUGCGAGCACUUCGGCGACAAGUCGGGCUUCGUGGACGUGGAGAAGUGGAAGGGGCACCUGGGGCAGGCGACCAUCGUGUGGUGCCACAAGGCGUCUAACGAGGCUCUGGGCAAGUUCGUUGCCGCUUUUCAGCAGCACGUGAGGGAUGGGGGAGCGCUUAUCCUCGGAUCUGGCAGCAACUACCCGAGCCCCUCGGACUACUCGGCCCAGAACCGCCGGGUCGCGCAGCUUGCCGGGUCCCUGGAGAUCAACAAGGUAUCGGUCAAGGAGAAGGUUGUCAACAACUCAGUGGAGGGAGCCAACCUGACGACCCUGUGCCUCGCUCUCCUUCACACCCUCAAGACCGCGGACAAGAUCUCCAUGCUCACCCGCAGCGACCCCCUCCUCAACAUGAAGCUCACCAACCUGACUGCCAACGUGUACAAGACCACCAAGACGCCCUCCUCCUGCUGCCCCUGCAUCUUCCACGGCAAGUCAGAGAUCGAGCUGGUCCAGAGCAGCACGCCGCUGACGGUCAAGGACAUUCUCCUGGCCUCCCUGGUAGUGGAGUGCCACCAGGAGCACCAGCAGAGGCUCUCCCCCACCAACGGGCCCGCGCUCGGCCAGGUUUGGAACAUGAGGAGCGCAGACAUUGACAUGGCUAAGAGCAUCUUAUGGGCCUCCGGCUACCUCCGCUCCGUGAACGCUGACAAGUCACUCGUGCCGACGUGGGGGAAGCUGAAGCAGGAGGUCGUUCCACUGUCGGUCAGGCUCGAGCAGAUCAAGAUCAUGUCGACGACAUUCCUCCCCCGCAGUGUGAGGCUGGAGGAAGGAGUUGCCACGAGCGCAGUGCUGGUUCAGGGGAUCUCAGUGUGA